GGCGGCCUGGCGGGUUCAGCAGCGUCAUCCAAGGCAGCCGCGGUCCGAGCGUCUUGCCUGCUUUGUUCGGUAGGUCCAGUCCAACAGUCGCUGCUGCCACUGCCCGCCCAUUACGUAGCGUCCUCGCCAAUGCCGUAUAAGUUGCCCAGCUCCUCGCUCCCGCCAAACCCAUCCUCUCUCCAUCUUCCACGUCACUCUACUUGGACAAGCCUUCUUUGAUUCCACGUCCGAACAUACCUCAAAAAGACCUCAAACCAACCCACCUCUACAUCAACCAAAAUGCGCUUCACUCCCGUCCUCGUUGUCGCCCUCAGCUCCUACGCCGCUGCUCAGGCCGGUUCCAUCACCAGCGAGGUUGGCAGCGCCUUCAGCUCCAUCACUUCUGCUGCCGCUAGCGGUGUCUCCUCCGUUGUCUCUGGUGCUUCCUCCGACGGCUCCAGCGUUGCCUCUAGCCUGAACAGCGAGCGCAGCAGCAUCACUUCUGCAGCCGCCACUGCCACCGGCUCUGCUGCCUCCAGCCUCUCCUCCGCUCUCUCUAGCGCCGAGUCCCGUGCCUCGUCCGCUGCCUCGAGCAUUAGCUCCAAGGCUAGCUCCAACGCCUCCAAGGCCACCGACUCCGCCUCCAAGUCGGCCUCCAAGGCCUCCAGCUCCGCCUCUGCUUCGGCUUCCAGCAGCGGUGCUGCCAACCCCAACGCCAUUCCUGCUAUGGGUGGUCUCCUCGGUGGUGUCAUCGCCGUCGCCGGCCUUCUGUAAAUCAGAGGUCACUGACGCUUUGAUGACGUCACAUUGGUUUUCUGCACGAGUUACGGUUGAUGGACAAGCGAUUCACCAUGGGUUGAGCUAGAUCAGGAAGUUCGGUCGGCUCUGGGAUAGCGUCCAAUUAGGGGUUGCUUUCAGUCGGCUCUGUACGAUCAGGUCUUUCACAGCCGAAAAUCUUAAUACCAUUAAUGCAUAUGCUUUUUGCUCUCUAUA